GAUGCGUGUGUCAGAACUCAAGGGGAUCUACAGUCACAGCUGCUCGAGCUAAACUUGUCUUCUAGGCCGACCGUCUGGUUAGCUAGUUGUACGCAUCGCUGCCUCUCAAUUACAUUUCGUAGGACAUUGAAGCCCGCAUACCUGUCGUAGCCGUUACACACUCCGCCCCCGGUGUAUCGAGUGUAUCAUGACGUGUAAACCGCCACUGCGCUGCGCACACCGAAAACACGCGCCCUCACUUUUAGCUGUCCGUUCCAGUAACCAUUGCUAGGCCCUGGCAAUCUAGCCUUGCGAAUCGCUGACGAUUUAGCUCUGCCUUAGUUCUAAGAGAUCCCUGCAGCUUAGUUCUUAAAAUUUCCUCCUAGUUCCGGAAGAGACUCGCAGCGUACGAUUCCCUUCGUAACGAAGUCCUACACUUCCUCCCCCUUCUCCUCCCCCCCCCCCCCCCGCUCCUCGAACCGACAUGGCUAAAGCGUCAUGCUCACACUCCACUAGCCAAGCACACUCGAGUCCCUCACGCAGCGCUGUACACAGGAGUUCCCAACGGCAACACACCCUCUCUCACGUCUCUCACCCCUCUCAGCCCUCGCACCGCUCUCGCCUCUCACAGUCUCCCUCGCGCGGUUCCCGUACAUUAGGGGUCUCGUGUUCGAUGGGAUGCUCAAUGGGGUCGUUCCGCUCCCGCUCCCGCUCGCGUUCCUUGCACCCUCGAGUCCUCCUCGCUCUCGCCUGCUGGAUACUGGUUCUCGCCGGCUGCGGUCCGGGCACACACAUAGCGGCGCAAAGCCAGGCGGAACCUUCAAGCGGGGCUCAGCUCUACACCAUCCGCCUUCGCUCCGCCCCCGCUAUAGUCAACUACAAGGGCGGAAUCGCCGGCAUUCCCGCUACGGCACCGUCCGAUAGCGACACCGACGACGACAACGAGGCAGCUAGCGACGGCAGCAGCAGCGGCAGCGGCGGCGGCGGCGGCGGCGGCGGCGGCGGCGGCGGCGGGGUUAGCGCGUUGAAACUAGGCUCUAGUAGUACCUCGAGUGCCUCAGCUACGUUAUCCAAGGCGGCUGAAACUAUGGCGGCUCGUGCCGCCAAUGCGGUCUCGUCGUUCCGCCGGAGGUUUGGGCGCCGGGGAGGCAACGGCGGGGCGGGAUGGAAUGCGGGGAGGAACCUGGGGAAGCUUGCGGGGAAGUGGCGGAAGCGGCUGGAGCGCAAGGUGAAUGUGCGCGCCCCCCAUGUGCGCGAGUUCGGGCGGUACUUGCGCCAGAUGCAGCUGCGCGUGGCGCGAGACGCGGGGGUUCCGGCCGCUAACCUGGUGUACAGCUAUAAGUUCGCCUCUAACGGCUUCUCCGCCAAGCUCUCCCCCGCGCAAGCCGCCAAGCUGCGCCGGCACCCCGCGGUGGCGCACGUCGCGCGCGUGGCCGACGUGCGCCCGUUCACCACCAACUCCCCGGGCUUCCUCCGCCUGCCCGCGUCGCUGUGGGCGGCGAACGGCGGGGAAGAGAGCGCGGGGGAGGGGGUGGUGAUCGGCGUGAUUGACUCGGGGUUCUGGCCCGAGCACCCCUCGUUCUUGGAUAACACCACCAAGCCUUACCCAGACCCUCCAGCGACCUGGGCGGGCGCGUGCCCCGCGGAGAGCAGCGGCAUGUGCAACCGCAAGGUGCUCACAGCGCGCCACUUCGUGAGCGGGUACCAGGCGAAGGGGUACGGCGUGGACGAGACGCUUGACUACCUCUCGCCCAGGGACUCGUCCGGCCACGGCACCUGGUGUGCGGGGGUGGCGGGCGGCAACGGGCAGCUGCCAGUGAAAAUCUCGGCGUCCACGGUCCUCGGGCACGCGACGGGCAUGGCGCCGCGCGCGCACCUGGCCAUCUACAAGGUGCUGUGGCGCGAGGCGGGCAUGGCGGAGUCGGGCACCACGGGCACCAUGGCGGACGUGUACGCGGCGCUGGACCAGGCCGUGGCGGACGGCGUGGACGUCGUGUCGCUGAGCGUGGGCGCGCUGAGCGACUAUGCGACGUACUUUGACGACGUGCCAUUUGUGAACAUUCAGAAGACGGGCAUGCUGGCAGUGAUGGCAUCGGGCAACAGCGGAGCCCCCCCCGACAAGGGCAAUGGCAUGUUCCGCUCGCUCUCCAACUUCUCGCCCUUCUACCUCACCGUCGGCGCCAGUAGCAUGGGCCGGCGCUUCGUAGUGCAUCUGACGCUGGGCAACGGCGUGGUGUUCAAAGCGCACGCCGUGGAGGCAGCUGCGGCCGCGCAGCGCGUCCCCCUGAUCUACUCCCGCAACGCCGUGGCUCCGGGGAAAAGUGUCUUCCAGGCGGAUUUUUGCGAGGAGGAGUCCCUAAACCCGAACAAGACAAUGGGCAAGAUCGUGAUCUGCUCGCGCGGGGUGUACCCCAUCUGGAACAAGACGCUGGCAGUGCAGCUGGCGGGCGGCGUGGGCAUGGUGAUGGUGAACGUGCGCAACGGAUCCACCAACUUCCCUAUCGUCCCCGGCCCGUCCGUGCCAUACCUGCACUUCUCGCUCAAGCAGGCCGUGGCUCUGGCCACCUACAUGAAGAAGACCAAGAAGCCCGUUGCCACCGUGGGAACGGCAGUAGAAGCAGCGUUCGACGAGGUGCCUUCCCUCGCCUCCUUCUCCUCCACGGGCCCCGUGGCCGACCCCUAUGACAUGCAACUCCCCGCCUACCCCACCAACGACAUCCUCAAGCCCGACAUCGUCGCCCCCGGUGUCAACCUCUGGGGCCCCUGGAUCUCCUCUUCUCCAGAUGACACGGACUCGGCUGCUGCGUAUGUUGCCAUCUCGGGAACGUCUAUGGCGACUCCGCACGUGGCCGGGAUCGCGGCUCUCAUCCUGCAGCUGAACCCCGAUUGGUCGCCGGCGCGGGUGAUGUCGGCGAUUAUGACGACGGCCACGCCGGGGGGUUCGCCCACGGAUAUCCGCACCAUGGUUGUGUCGUCGUCUAAGCCCGGCACGAGCGGCGUAGGAAAGGGCGGGUACACGUACCGCGUGGUGAAGCCGAUGAAGAAUGGGCUCAACAAGGAUGCUACGCCGUGGGAGCUGGGGUCGGGCCAUGUGGACCCGCCUAGGGUUGUGGACCCUGGGCUUGUCUUUGACGCAGGGUUUGAGGAUUACGUGAAUUUUCUCGCGGGGCAGGAUUUGCAGCGGGCGAAGGCCUCGUUCCCGAGUGUAACCAGCUUUUCGCCGCUCAAGAAUGCGUACAGGUUCAACCGGCCGUCGAUUUCGGUGUCGAAGCUGUUUGGCUCGGUGACUGUUACGAGGACGGUUACUAGUGUUGCUACAGCGGCGUCAACUUAUGUGGCCAAGCUGGUUGCUCCUGCAAAUGUGAAGGUUACAGUCACACCUUCUACAUUCACCAUUGCGCCAGGGGAGAAGGUAACAUUUUCGGUGGACCUGAAGGUUACCAGAGGAAUGGACGGCUUUUCGUAUGGGUCGAUAACAUGGGUGGACAACAGUGCGCAUGCAGUGCGGGUUCCCUUGGUGGUGCAGCCAUAUGGGAAAUAAUACCCCUUCGAAAGAGUAGGCACCACCAUUGUACCGUAGGCUAGGCGUUGUGUGCGCCUGUUUUUUUCAUUCCUGCUAUACCUUGUGUUCUUGGAUUGCGCUUUUUUCUCUCUAUGCUACUGAUCUUGUAAUCAUAAUGGUUUGCCUAUU